AUGGAAUCAAAAAUAAAACAUGAAGAUUGUGUUGCAAAACCAACAAACAAUAAUGAAGAUGAUACAGGAGAUCUAAUCUUCACACCACGUUUAUACAGACAAAGAUACGAUGCUGUAGUUGAUAUAGCAAGAAAAUAUCAACCAAAAAAGGUGGUUGACAUGGGAUGCUCUGAGUGCAAAUUACUGAGAAAACUGAAAAAUGAAUCGUACAUAGAAGAACUGAUUGGUGUGGAUAUUGAUAAUCUGGCACUAGAAUCAAAUCAACAUCUUGGACAACCUUUGAUAUCAGAUUAUCUAUAUCCAAGAGAUAAUCCAUUAAGUGUGAUAAUCCUGUGUGGAUCAGUGGCAGAUUAUGACAGCAGAUUAAGCAACUGUGAUAUGAUGGCAUGUGUUGAAUUGAUUGAGCAUUUAGAUCCUCCAGUGUUGGAAGCUUUACGUGAAAAUAUAUUUCAUCGAAUUCAACCAAAUGUUGUUGUCAUGACAACACCAAAUGCAGAUUUUAAUGUUCUGUUCAAAGACUUUCAGGGACUUAGACACUGGGAUCAUCGCUUUGAAUGGACAAGACAGCAGUUUCAAGAAUGGGGUAAUUCAAUUGCUGAUCAGUAUAACUAUAUAGUCACAUACUCUGGUGUAGGUGCAGGCCCUGAUGGAACACAGCAUCUUGGUCAGUGCUCUCAAAUGGCAGUGUUCAUUAAAAGCUGUAAAGAACGUAUUCCUAUUGUAAGUGAAAAUAGGAUGCCAUAUCUAUUGAUUCAGGAAUCAAUCCAUCCUAUCAAAAAAGUGAUAUCAACUGAGGAAGCUAUUUUACUAGAAGUGCAAUACUAUGUGAGACUUCUGAGAUGUCAAAAUAAGGAAGAUUCAUCUGAUGAUAUUGAAGAAAACAAUACGUCUAGUGAUGAAGCAUCUGAUUGCUUAGAUACCAUUACUUUAGAAAGAUUGCUGCAAUUUACAAGGGUGAACAAAUUGUGUGCAAGUGUUGGGAAACUUAG